GCAGAAGCAGAAGUGUUUAUUGGGAAAACUUAAUAAUCUUUUCCCAAAUAAUAUCUCUAAUCAAAGUUAAUACUCUAAUUCUGCGAGAUAGUUGGUUUCUAGUCAUAGUUAUUGUAAUCACUUAUCGGCAGUUUGCGCUAGUAAAUAUUUCACGUUAUAUGUCAAGCGAGAUCGAUUGAUUUUUAUUUUAUUUUGUUUUAUAAAAGUGGCUUGUUGAUAAAAUAGCUAAUGAAAUCACUUAACGUGUGACGUCGCUCGGUUCCUCAACGAUUCGGACAUGCGAUAAUGAGAAGUAGAAUUCGCUAGAUGAGUGAUGGAUAAGUGCAUUAAGAGCUCCCCUUGUAAGGAGUGUGAUGUUGUGGAUGAUGGGCAGCUUGGAGCGGAAGUGGAGCACCUGCGGCAGCAUUUAGCUGAGCGGGACUCUCAUAUUGUUGCCUUGGAGGCAGAGUUUGUAAAGACUACCAGCCGAGUAAAAGAUCUUGAUGAGCAAUUGCAUACUUGGAGAGAGAAAUAUGAAAGAUUGAAUGAUUCACACAAAAGGGUGCAGAAACUAAAUCAGGUUUUAGAAGACAAAUUGUUGCAAAUGGUUGAUAAGAUGAAGGGUGAGAAGAGCCAGCUGACCAAAGACAUAGCCACUCUGUCGGUGCGGCUUGCCGAGUCCAAGCACAAUUUCAGCAUGCUGCAGAAGGAAAAUGAAAGAUACAAAAACGAUAUGAACCUAGCAAUCCAACUACUACAGUGCAAGCCUGAUAACUUUGUAUCCCAAAAACUGGACAACCUUCCUGUAGAUACACAAACCCGGGUGUCACAAUAUGUCAUGUCAAAAACAUCUAAGCCAUCCAGCUCGACACAGUCAAGAAAUGGUAAUGAACUAGACACUUUUGAUGCAAGUGAGUACGAAUUUAAUAUUUCUGCAUCACUGAUGUCUAAAAUUCUUGAAGAUAGUAUUCAGGAUACUGUAACAAAACACUGUGAUACAUGUAUAUGCAUGAAAUCACAGAGCAAACCUUUCUGCUACAACGAGAGCUACUAUUCUGUGGCAACGCAAACAUUUCUGAGUGGAGAUAUGAAAAAUUCCCUGUGCUUGAAUUGCAAUUCGGAAAUCAAAUCUGUUCAUUCCAAUUUAAGCUUGAGAAGUGCUUCACCACAUGCUAUUAAAUUAGUGAAUGAAAAAUUAGUAUGCCCAAGCGCGCCGGGCCCUUAUAUCGUACCUCAACCUGUUGGAGAACAGCUGAAAGUCACCCCCAUUAUCAAUGAAGCAUCUAACACAAGCUAUAUUAAUAACGAAACAUCUAAACCAGUGGAUAAAGUCCAACUCUUGCCAAAUGAUGAGAAAAAUAUCCCACCUAUUGAUGCUAGUGAUCUAAAGCAAUUGAGAAAGAAUACCAUGAACAUGGAACCAGCAGUUCAUCAUAAGCUCUGUGAUCGCACGAGAACUUCCAUUUCUAGCAAGAAAAGUAGUGUUCACAGUGUCGGCAACGAGGAACUUAUGAAGGAAUUAUCAAAUUCUAAAGACAUUACUAAAGAUAUUAAACCGAUUAAUGAGAAUAGUUCGCUCGAGAAUUAUAAUGUGAGAAAAAACUCCUUGGGUUCAAUGGGAGCUGUUAGUAGAACUUCUUCUGUAGCUAAGUCUACAGUCAGCACUCAUAAGUCUAAUACUCAAGUAGGUCCGGGCCCUCGUUUUUGCCACUUGCGAAUGCAAGCUGGCUCCAAGAAUAUUCUCUUAGAUAAUGCGCAGCCUGACGUUCCUCCCGUUUUAUACCGAAGGCAAAGUAAAUGCAAUGAAAACUCUAUCUUUAAAGAUCUGAAUGAUGGUAUGGAGAAUUUUAUGGAUAUAGAUAGAACCCCAGAUGAAAAAGAGGAUGCUAAAAAUGAUAAUAUAGUAGUAGAAAGCACGCUCAUAGACGUUCACGUCGAUAACAAUGCCAAAGAAUGCAAUACGAGUGUGAAGAGUCCUACUAUUAAUCCUGUGUUAUUGAAUGUUUCUUCAUCGCCUCUACAACCAUUGAAAACUCAUACUUUCUCCAACAGUUCCGAAAACAAUAACAAUAAAUCUCAAAGUGUUGAUAGUCAGCAAAACGUUUCAGAAACAGAUAACAUUCUAAAUGAGUUUAAUGCAGAUAUGAAAAAUAUGCAAAACAAUAAUAUUGACGGUAUAAACACAAAUGAUAACGGCAAUAAACUAGACGUUCUGUUGCCAACAGAGAGCCAGGACGUCAAAAUAUUUAACUUCGAUCGUUACGAGCAGAAUAAACUGUCUAAUUUACAUACCAGGCCUUUAAGAAAGAUCGAUUUGUCGCAACUUCAUUCCAUUGAAAGCACGAGAAUAUCUAAAGACUUCCGGCCGUUGGAUAAUCAUCAACACCAAGUACCACAAUACGAGAAAAAAACGGAACACAUUCCACCUAAAUCAGUACUACCAGCAGUAGUUAACGUCUAUCCCAAUUUAACCCAGACUCAUUUGAAAGUGAAUGAAACUACGAAAGUGUUCACAAACGAACAAAGCACAAGCUCGCUUUCUAGUGACGAUAGUGCCGCUUUAUUGCAAAAGCAGCAGUUGCUUAGAGUAGCAGAGUGGGUUGAAAAGAACUUAGAGCAGCAAAAUAAUCUAAACGAUCCUUUAGAAGAUGAUGUCGCGUAUAGUAACAACGUGAUGAGAAGGGAUAGCAAGCUGAGCAGACUCUCGGAGACGCUGAACGAAUUGGCACUCAAUAUGCCACACCCCGUCAGCAAAUAUUCGAAGUCAUUUACUAGAGAUGGCCUCAACAACUGGGUUCGCAACUCUAUAGCUCAUAAUGAUAAUGUUGAAAAAAAGCAUGCACGUAUUCCAAAGGCUAAUAUUGGUAAAGAAACAAGUUUCCCAGUAGAAAGUGGCGAUGCUACAAUCACAGAAACAAAUGAUAAUUCUAAGGCCAGACGUAACGCUAGCGAUUUCGAUGUUGGUAAGGAAUUGCGAAAUGCCUUGAAGUCUAAUGACAAAGAGAUAACGGCUGAAGAAUUAGCGCGAAUGGAGUAUAAUGUGAAGAAGUUUUUACUGAGUGGCCCACACUGGACGAACGAAACUACAGGCCGUAGCCGACGCACCAGCAGCAAAACCGAGACUGAUGUAUAAUUCCGAUGUAGAUAGUUUGAUACAUUCCAUGUUCAACUUGUGUGCUGGAUGGACAUUCCAUAUUUUGUCAUACCAUCCGGAAUCUGUUAAACGUUUGUGAAGGGAAACUCUAAGUCUAUUUAAUUUUAGAGACUGGAAAUGGAUAAGAUGAUUUUAGGUCUUAAGAGUCACAUGAACACGCCACACUUGGCAUGAACAUUUACGUAACCUACAUCAUCUUUGUCUGGUAGUUCUGGACUCUGGUACUAGUUUUCGUUUCUAAAAUUUUUAUAUGAUCAUUGAUCUUCAUCGCGUUUUCUAGGCAUUUUUGCCACGGGUCAUGGGAGCCUGGGGUCCGCUUGGCAACUAGUCCCAAGAAUUGGCGUAGGCACUAGUUUUUACAAAAGCGACUGCUAUCUGACUUUUCAACCCAGAUGCUAAAUUAGGCCUUAUUGGGAUUAGUCCGGGUUCCUCACGAUGUUUUCCUUCACCGAAAAACAUCUGGUAACUAUCAAAUGAUAUUUCGUAAAUAGGUAAGUUCCGAAAAACUCAUUGGUACGAGCCGGGGUUUGAACCCGCGAUCUCGGGAUUUAAAGUUGCACGCUCUUACCGCUAGGCCACCAGCGCUUCUCUAAAAAUUGUUAUAUGUACAAAGAAAAUAGAGCGAGCAGCAAUUUAGUAUGUAAAUUAUAAAACUUUUUUCGCGCUUAUUUCUUCGCAUUACAAUUUCUAGCAACGAAAACUAGUCCCAGACAUCAUUCCCAAAUCAUUCCAAAUGUCGUGGUUUUUCUGAAUAUCGUUUUAAAAUGAGAGCAAAACUUUGAUCAUAUGAUUCAUAUGGCGGCGGCAAGUUACGUGUGACUCUUAAAAUGAAAUAAGACUUACUAUGUUUCUCUGUCUGUGGCGUACUUUGCCAUUUAUUUAGGGCUCCUAUUGAUGCGUAGAUCUGAGGAUCACCUCUGCACAUAGUAAUAUGACGUAGUUCGUUUUAGUAGCUCCGUCUUUGUCAUGCUUGUUAAUGAUUUGCCUGUUCUUACUAUUAAAUACAUUCGUUAUGGCACUUACUUGUGCACAUAUGACGAAUUGGAAAUACAGCAUUAGAUGAUAAAAUUGCAGAACAAAGUGAGAAAAUUUCUUUAUUCUAAAAGUUCUAAAUAGUUUUUGAUUUUCGAAUUUAAACUGUCGUAAGACAUACUAACAUUCAUCAAAUUUUACGGCUUAACUCAAGUGUUUUUAGCCACUCGCGCGACAUGUUUCGGAGAGCGUAGGUCUCCACCAGUGUUGUCACAUCUACCAAAUCUACCAACUUUUGGGUAGAUCUACCUAUUUUGCCAGCGUUCUAAUUAUCUACUUCCCUCGGCCUGAAAUCUACCUAUUUAGGGUUCCGUAUUUUCAAAAUGAUACAAUUGUAAGUAAUUCUCAAUACAUGUGACAGAACAUUAGUUAAUUUCUACCGAAUUUAGAUUCGAUGUAAUGGAAACUUGCCAAAGAAACAGAUUAUACAAGCAGAUUCAUUACCUACAAGCAAUGGAAAUCGUCAUUUUUGUUUCGAUUUCUUUAAUAAAUACGUGUACUAACAUCACAAUAUUAAAUACUCAUUAAUAAUUUGAAAAUUUCUAUACACAUUUUUAAUCAUAAAAACGUACUUGCUAUUGAGUGGUACAUCUACCUGUUUUUCAAUUUAAAACCACCCAUUUCUACCUAUUUUUGCACCCUGUUCUACCAUUUCGGCAAAUUUGUAUGUGACAACACUGGUCUCCGCACUGUUAGUGCUUGAAAAAGUAGACCUAGGCUCUCCGAAACAUGUUGCGCGAUUAUCUAAAAAUACGUCAAUUAAGCCGUAAAAUUAGAUUUUCAUUAAUACGCUUUCAUUUCAUAGUGUAUUUAAUUUAGAAGUGGUUGUGUAUCAGAUCAGAUUGAUAUCAAAUGGCAGUUACUCCUCUAUAGAAUGUACUUUUAGGUACCAUUACUACCAUUAUACGAUUUGAAUGGCCUGGAGGCGUUUUUCAUAAGCAAAAACUCGGUGUGGUUACGUAUUUUCUUUGAGAAGUUUCUAUCUUCCGGUGUGAGCAAACCAAAGUAUCUAUACUGAAUUUCAAUUUAUUUGGACGCCGAGGACUCAGUUGAAUUCAAAUUUUGAACCAAAAGUGAAGAACUCAUUUAUAAGUCAGCAGAAAUAUUCGGUAAUUCGGCUAAUACAUAAUAUAAUACCAUAAAUACCAUUGUAUUAUUGAACAAGUGCAAACUUGGGCUGGUUUCACACGGAACAGGAGAGUGAGGCAGUAAAUAAAUAAUAAAGGCCCUGGCAGAGGCAGAACAGUACUGUCGGGACAGCAAUGAAGGCAGAACAGUUAACAGCCAGCCCGUCUAUUUUUUCGGGACAGUUGCUUUCCCCCACCACAUUUUUAAUCGACUGCCCUGCGGCUGGCCUCGUGUUUCGCGAGGGUAGUGCAGUGCGGCGGUUUUUAUCUUUUAAACUGUACAUUGACACUUCACGCCCAAGCAAGUGCUGCCCGGAUCCCUUGGACAUAAUUAUUGAAAGUCAUAAUGUAAUGAUUGUCAGAUUACCAUUAGUCAUCAUUCUGAAACCGUUAACUUUUCAGGAUGUUCGCAAGGUUAUCCUUUAGUAGGUUGGCAAUCCUGAAAAGUUACGCGUUUUUGAGAGAAACCAAAUCGUCAGGGACAAGCAAUACACACUAUUUACCACCACAAGUUCUUAGCCAUAAUGAAACGUAUUACUACUGGAAUAAGGUUGAUUAAUGUAUGAUUAUUUUUUAGUAAUUAGUGAAUUUUGCUUGUCACCUGACGAAAUGCGAACAAACAAUACGUUAUUGCUUAAAACUUUGGGAAACAAUUUAAAAUCAGUGCUGCCCUCUACAGUUAACAAACGUUUUCUUGCGCAUUGUAGGUUCUGCCAUCUUGUGGGUUACAUUGGAAUCUUAAACUUGACAUUUACACUUCGCGCUAAUAAACAGGGGUUUCUGUGCUGUCCCCUACAGUUUAUGCACGUGCCGUAUAAGGUAGUUUUUGUGCUAAGAAAAUUAUUAUGAAUAUUCACUAAUACAUUUAGAUAUUUAACUAGCUGUCGUCGUCUGCAUCGGGGCUGUUAGUUUGUACUAGUUGACUGACCUGAGUUUGAACGUCCACUGUCUUCCUAAUGGCUCUGCCUUACUAUUCUGCCUCACUGUUCUGCCUCCGUGUGAAAUCGCCAUUAGCGUGGUCAGAGUCCAAAUUGGUACCUUAAAGUACGGACUUAUAGUGAUGCUGCUGAUUAUCGUAAACUAGGAUAUUUGGAUGUUAGCCACGAUGCUAUAUCGAUAUUUUAUAAUAAAUCAAGGCUGCCGUUGACUAAAUUUAGCCUAGGAUAUAAUCACAAAGUCAGAUUUAUAUUAUUGUGCUUGAAUUAUGUGAUAUAUAUGCAACUAAAUUUUGACGUAAAAAAUGUAUGACGUACAAAUGUAGACACAAAAUUAUCUGUAAUCUUGUAUCGAUGUAUUUGUUGCACGGCAGAGACGAGUAAAUAAAUAUAGACUGUCAAAGUCGCGUGCCCACCAAUCAUUGUUGUGUAAGAUGCCGUUCAUAGUGACCGUUAUUCUAGAAUGACAACGCAAUGCUAUCUAGUUAACACUGUGAUAGAGUUAUAAUAAAUGGUGAUGUGUUUUAAUUCCUAACUUGUAAGUGGCGCCAUCUACAAUAGAUAUACACUCGUGUGCUUGAUAUUUUUCAGUGACUUCUAUUAUUAAAAUAAAAUAAGGGUAACUAUAGCUACCAAAAGUAUGUGAGUGGAUAUAAUGUACACGACUUUGUAUGGACUUGGAUUAUAUUUUUUAUUUACUUGUCUCAGCUUUAAAAUGAAAUUAGUCUUCGUUUAUUGGAACAAAUAUCAAAUUAAUUAUCUUAGUUGCUGUAGGCGUAAAAUUUGUGCACAUUUAUUAAUAUUAGUAAUAUAGGGCACCGCAUUAUUUCUUCCAAAGAGACAGUAGUUUGUGAACGUCGUAUAGAGUUCCUAUUGUUAAUUUGAUAUUUGUUCCGGUAUUUAGUCUUUCAGGGAUAUCUUUAUCAACAGUCCAAACCAAUGCCGUCGAUCGAUAAUAAAAAAAAGUAUAUAAAAAAUUUAGCUCUCCAUUUACACAGUGUAUCAUGCCUCUGCCUACACAUGUACAAGUAUUGUAAUGAAAUUGUAUGUUAAAAUAUAAAAUGGGUAUCUUUUGUGCAUAUUUUCCUAAUUGUAUUGUUGGAAAUAUAUUUUUGAAAACUUAGUUACGGCUGUAUAAUGUAGCUAGAAUAUGAUGAAUUAUCAGUAGAAGCAAAUCGCCAACUGUGUGUUGUCUUAUAAAAUAUUGAGCACAACUUAGGGUCCUUUGAUAUUAGAUGAGAUCAGAAAACAAUAAGCACUGUCAAUCUGCAUACCACAUGUAUUGUGAUGAUGUUACUCGCUGAUUUCCACAUAGGCACUUUGAUAAACAUUAAAGCUAUUCCAUGAUGUUCAAGGGGGAUAAAUAGUUAUAUAAAAUAUGUUAGUCUCAAAUCUGGCGAAGCUAUAUGUGGCGGUGCCAUUUGUAACCAUGGGUAAAAAAAUACUAUGGAGAUUGACAGUCUUUGUUUUACGUGUCUCUGAUAUUAGGUAGAAAUGCCAAUCUAAGUGUUUAGGUAUUCAUUUCGUACAAUACCAUUCCCAAAGCAUUUGUAUACUUUUAACAUUUAAUUAUACUAGUUUAUUUUACUUUUAUGAGUCUAGAAGAUUCGCCCAGAGUCAGACUUAUUUCUACAUUUACUUUUUUGAGAAAUGUGUAUGGUUAUUUACAGUACAUAUGGUGCUACUUUACCGCACUAGUGCGAAAAUUAGCAUAUUACGUUACUGUGUCGAACAUUUAGAGGGCCAUAUGUACUGUAAAACGUUGUACAAUAUAUGUGCGAAUAGGUAAUUCGCAACUCGUGUCGAUUUAAAACACUCUAAGGUCGUGUUUUAAUAUAUCGCCACUCGUUUCCUAUUUCUCGCACUUGUAUCGUAAUAUACUAUUUUAUCACACUUGCUCAUAAAGGGUGGUAUUACACGCAGGUUUAGCGGGAGCGAAAAAACACCCUGGGGAGCACUUAAUGCAUAAGAACAUUAUUAUUUAUUUUUAUUUAUAAAACAGAUAAAGUACUUACAUACUUAAUGUUUUUUUUUCAUGUUUCACGGUAGGGCCCUCAAGACCGAGACGAGUGGCUUAUCUUCUGAUUGAUGAUAAUGGUACUGACAUGUGACCCUGGGCAAUUAUCCUGACUCCACCUAUUUGGGUUUAGUUAGUGAUAACAUUGAGUGAUCUUUUUUAGUUGUAUAUUUUUGACUAUUUUGUGUAAAUAUUCAUGUGGUCUCAUUUGGAUGAUUAAUAUGUUUAUAUUUGUUGUUUUGUUCAUUUUGUUAUAAACACAUUGAUUGUUAUAUACUUUAUUUCUUACCAUUGUAUUGAACGUUUUUCGAAAUGUAGUCGAAAUUGAUGUAUUUCAAGCAAUUCGAGCAAUAUUUGAUCAACUUUGUGUCUUAUUUACAGUAUAAAAUAGAGAGUGGGGCCUUAUUACAGAGACUUUUGAGUAAAAUUGUUUCUUCGUUUGCAUAACACAUAAACUUCUUUGAAGUAUAACAUAAAUGGAAAUUUUGACACACAUUUUGUUAUUAAACAAAUAAUUAAUGAUUAUAUUGUUAACUGUAUUUUAUUUAUUUAGAGGCUUCCUGAGAAAUAUUAUCCAUUUUAAUAAAUAAUACGCUAUUUUUAAGCAUGUAGUUUUAUAUUUAUUUAGAAAGCGUUUAUAUUCGGUAGAUUCAAACUAAGAUAAUUUUGCAGCGCUUUUGAUAGUGUUAUUUUGAAAGUCAAAUUGCUAUGAAAUUAUAAUAUUUGCACAAUAUGUGUUAUCAAAAUCGCUGCAGAGUUACCUUGGUUUGACUCUGCAUUGCCCGGUGUAACCACUGAUACAUAUGUUAUUUUUUAUAAAAUGUAUUACCUAAUCCACCUAAGGCUCACGGUCGUAGCUAUAAUACUUAUUAAGUUCAAUGAAAUUUAAAUCAUAUUCAAUUGGGAUAGAGUUGCAUUUAUUUUGUUUCGUUCAGUUUACAACGUUACAGACAAAACAAAAUCAUCUAUAUUUCUUA